UCAUUUUACACUGGUUGGGCUUGAGGAGCUACGUCGACAUCGUUUCAUACCCUCCGUCUUAUGGACUCGAUCUCUUCCUGUGGUGGGACCAUGUCUACUGUGGAUAUGGAUGGUGCGGUGACAGACCUGGUGUCCAUUUCCUUAAAUGCCACAGCACACCUGUCACCUGGCAUCCCGAUAGCAACAAGAACCCUCAUUCUUCUCGUUUGUCUGCUGGUGGUGGCUUGGAGUCACACGGAGAAAAACACGGUUCCAGGCCCUUCGUUCUGCCUGGGUUUUGGUCCACAUUUAUCAUACUUGAGAUUUAUCUGGACUGGGAUUGGCACAGCCAGCAACUACUAUAACAAGAAGUACGGAGACAUUGUCAGAGUUUGGAUCAACGGAGAGGAGACCCUUAUACUCAGCAGGGCCUCGGCAGUUAAUCAUGUUCUGAAGAAUGGAAAGUACACCUCCCGUUUUGGGAGCAAACCAGGACUCAGCUGCCUCGGCAUGAAUGAAAGAGGCAUCAUCUUCAACAACAACGUAGCCCUGUGGAAAAAGAUACGCACCUAUUUUGCCAAAGCCCUGACAGGUCCCAAUCUGCAGCAGACCGUGGAGGUUUGCGUGUCCUCCACGCAGUCCCACCUGGACAACCUGGACAGCUUGGCUCACGUGGACGUCCUCAGUUUGCUGCGCUGCACUGUGGUUGACAUCUCCAACAGGCUCUUCCUGGAUGUCCCGCUCAACGAGAAAGAGCUGCUGCUGAAGAUUCACAGGUAUUUCGAAACGUGGCAGACGGUGCUGAUCAAACCUGACAUCUACUUCAAGUUUGGCUGGAUUCACCAAAGACACAAGACAGCAGCCCAGGAGCUUCAGGAUGCCAUAGAAAGCCUCGUGGAACAAAAGAGGAGAGAAAUGGAGCAGGCAGAUAAGCUGGACAUCAACUUCACGGCAGACCUCAUAUUUGCACAAAACCACGGAGAGCUGUCGGCUGAGAACGUGAGGCAAUGCGUGCUGGAGAUGGUGAUCGCUGCUCCGGACACUUUGUCCAUCAGCCUCUUCUUCAUGCUGCUGCUCCUCAAACAGACCCCCCACGUGGAGCUGCAGCUGCUGCAGGAGAUAGACACCGUCAUAGGCGACAGACAGAUGCAGAAUGGGGACCUUCAGAAGCUGCAGGUGCUGGAGAGUUUCAUCAACGAGUGCCUGCGCUUCCACCCGGUGGUGGACUUCACCAUGCGGCGAGCCCUGUCGGAUGACGUCAUCGAAGGUUACCGGGUGCCAAAGGGCACAAAUAUCAUCCUGAACACGGGCCGCAUGCACCGGACAGAGUUCUUCCACAAGGCGGACGAAUUUAGUCUGGAGAACUUCCAGAAAAAUACUCCCCGCCGUUACUUCCAGCCGUUCGGCUCGGGCCCUCGCGCCUGCGUUGGCAAGCACAUCGCCAUGGUGAUGAUGAAAUCCAUCCUGGCGACUCUGCUCUCGCAGUACUCCGUCUGCCCCCACGAGGGCCUGACCCUGGACUGCCUCCCACAGACCAACAACCUUUCCCAGCAGCCCGUGGAGCAUCAGGAGGAGGCCAAGCAGCUCAGCAUGAGAUUCUUACCCCGACAGAGAGGAAGCUGGCAAACGCCUUAGACGCACCAACAAUGUUCACAUAAUGUUGUAUGGAUACGCCCUCCAUCACUACAUCUGUUUAUUGUCUUAUGAUUGUACAAAGCACUGCUGUUUCAUUUUACGAGUCAUAUAUUUUGUGUUUAUACUCAUGUUGUUAUGAACUAUGUACAAUGUAAGUGUCUAUAUGCUAACUUUGAAGUAAAUGUAAAUUAUUAUGUUAA